AUGUCGACUACACUCUCAAGACAACAAUCGAUCUAUGCUUGUGACUGUGGACAUGAAUGUGCCAAUGACAGAGAUCUCCAACAACAUCAACAAACCAAUUGUCGAAAUCGAUCCGUCGAGUGUUCUUUUUGUGAAGAAACUUUUCCAACAUCCAAUGCAUUGCGAGAACAUCUCAUCUUAUGUGGAAAUAAAACUGACGAGUGUCCAAAGUGUCGACAAUUCAUACGACGUUCACAUUUCGCUUAUCAUUAUCAAAACAACUGUGCUCUUGUGAGUAGUAUCGAAACACCUCCAAAUCAACGUCGACUUCAAAUAGCACAACGUUCACCUGUUAACCCAAAUCUACCAGUUGCACGGAUAGAUGUUCCCAGUGAUGACCAAGCUCCACGACAAAAAAACAGAGCUCAGUCGGCAGAUUCGAAUAGAACAGAACGCAUUCAGCUGAUCAUAAGAUGUGAGUAUUGUCAACAGCCAUGUGCACAAAAUGACUAUGAACGACAUAAGAAUAAUUGUCUUCGCAGACCAGCAAAUCAAAAUCGUAGUCCUUCGAAUGGUAUUGUUCAUAUUCCGUGUGAAAUAUGCCAUGCACCGAUUGAUCUACCGAAUUGGUCGAAUCAUGUACAAAGUUGUCGAGAACGAGAGAACGAACGAAUCAAGAACCGCGCUCGAUCGAUGAGUGCUGAACCGAUCAACGAAGGACUUCCAUGUGAAUAUUGUGAGCAAUUAUUUUCUUCUAGACAACUUCAACUACAUCAACGAGCUUGUCAACGAAAUCCAAAUAAUAUGAAAAGACAAGUACAGAAAGAACGUCCACGUCAAGGUUUUCUUCUGCCAGUCAAAAACACUCCGAGUAAUGAUUGGAGAGCACGACCAAGUCCUCGGUCACCAUGUCAUGAAGGUCCUUAUGAAAAGAUCGAUCACGAGCAAACACGAGUAGCGAAUGGUCUAUCUAACGGUGAACAAGUUAAUCAAAAAAUACAUGAUAAAACUCCGUUGCUACAUCGUUCACGCAGUACUGAUUCUGUCCCAGACAAAAAUGAUCAGAGACGAUCAAGAAGUCAGGAUCGUUCAGAGAAAACGCCUAUAAAAGCAGAAGGAUGUGUAUUGCCAAAAAAUCAGAAGUCUGAUCGAAGAUCUUCAAUGGAAAAUUUAAGAAAAUUUGGACCAAACGACGAUCGACGAGUGCCUGUUAUAGACAAUCGAUCUUCAAGCCAGAAGAACCAAAAAGGUGCACACAAAAUUGGAAAGAAAAGUGGGAGUUAUCAGGUGAUUAACAAUGAUGAGCAUACGCGUUUCACUAAGAAGAAUAAAAAGCCAUCGAGAAUAAAAGAAUUCUUUGGAUGUGCCACAACUGGUGUUGAAGACUAA